AUCCCCUGAGCUGGGGAGGGGUGAGAGACACGGCCCGGAUCCCCUGAGCUGGGGAGGGGUGAGAGACACGGCCCGGAUCCCCCUGAGCUGGGGAGGGGUGAGAGACACGGCCCGGAUCCCCUGAGCUGGGGAGGGAGCUGCCAUGGCCCUGCCGGAGUGGCACAUCGCCGUGAAGCUGGCGGAGCAGCCGCUGGCCCCCAAAUCCAUCCUGCGCCUGCCGGAGACCGAGCUGGGCGAGUGCCCGCUGGGCGGCUGCAGCAUCUCGCACCUCAAGCAGCUCAUCACGGGCAAGCUGCAGGAAUCCAUGCCGGACCCCGAGCUCAUCGACCUGAUCUACUGUGGCCGGAAGCUGAGGGAUGACCAGACCCUGGAUUUUUAUGGAAUCCAGUCCGGCUCCACUGUCCAUGUCCUGCGCAAGUCCUGGCCUGAGCCUGACCAGAAACCGGAGCCCGUGGAUAAGGUGGCAGCAGUCCGGGAAUUCCGUGUCCUGCACACUGCCCUGCACAGCAGCCCUGCCUACAGAGAUGCCGUCUUCAAGAUGCUGGGAAACAAGGAAUCCCUGGAUCAGAUCAUUGUGGCUACUCCUGGCCUCAGCAGCGACCCCGUGGCUCUGGGAGUUCUGCAGGACAAGGAUCUGUUUUCCGUGUUUGCAGACCCCAACAUGCUGGACACGUUGAUCCCAGCCCACCCUGCCCUGGUGAACGCCAUUGUCCUGGUGCUGCACUCGGUGGCGGGCAGCACCGCGCUGCCAGCCCCGGACACGUCCUCACGAGCCAUGGCCUUGGGCUCCUACCGGGACAUGCCAGGUGGCUUUCUCUUUGAGGGGCUCUCUGACGAUGAGGAUGACUUCCACCAGAGCACGAGAUCCACCCCCUCCAGCAGCGCCUCUGGCUCGCGCCCGGCCUCGCUGGGCUACGCGGGGGCGGCAGGGCCACGGCCCAUCACCCAGAGCGAGCUGGCCACAGCCCUGGCCCUGGCCAGCACCCCCGAGAGCAGCUCCCACACACCCACCCCAGGCACACAGGGCCACUCCUCCGGGACGUCCCCGAUGUCAUCCAGCGUGCAGUCGGGGACACCCAUCACCAACGACCUGUUCAGCCAGGCCCUGCAGCACGCCCUGCAGGCCUCGGGGCAGCCCAGCCUCCAGCAGAGCCAGUGGCAGCCCCAGCUGCAGCAGCUGCGGGACAUGGGAAUCCACGACGACGAGCUGAGCCUGCGGGCCCUGCAGGCCACCGGAGGGGACAUCCAGGCUGCCCUGGAGCUCAUCUUUGCUGGGGGUGCCCCCUAAAUCCUCCUGCUGGAUUGGACUCAGCUGGGAGCAGGGAAGAGGUGGCUGUGUGUUGGAGAUGUGGCCCCUGCAGCUGUGCAAUGUUUUAUCUGUCACCACGACUCUGCCUGUUGUUGUUUCAUCAUCCCUGUGCUCCCCCUGCAUUAAACGGACCCUGCGCAGUU